AUGGGCCGUUUCUGGUGGCAACAGAGUACAGAUUCUGCCUCAGAGCUGCGUGAGUAUGAUAAGGAGAUGAAUCAUUAAGCAGAAUGAAGUCACAGCACCUAGACAACUAUGAACAUUGAGCAGUGUAGAAGCUCAUGUUUUCUAAAUGGAAAUACUGUGAAAUUAUUAAGGUACAAAAUAAUUCAUGCUUUCAAGCUACCGUUUCAAGGGAGUAAUAAUUGAUGAUACUCCGUUUGAAUUAUUUCUUCUGAAAUGAGUACCAAACAGCCUGGUAGGUGCUUAGAAAUGGCCAAAGCAUUACAGAGCUUGGGGCACCUUGUGGGAUGGAUGGCAAUCUGUAAUGCAGAAAAAUAUGAAGAAUGUGGCCCUGUAGCUGCUUUUUCACUCCAGCUUUCCACGCUGCUAUAAUUCAUUCUUAUCAUCUACAUUUCCACAGCGGCACACCUGCAAGAUCAUUUCACCCCCUUCAUCGCCCGCCAUGUAUUACAGUCAUUCUCCUGUCUUCACCACACUUAAACCUGAAGUUCAGAAAUGAUCCCAGGCUCAUCCACACAACUACCUGAAUCUGUGGGAGCUCGGUGUUUUUGGUUUCGUUUUAAGGUUGUGGUGUUGACAUGGCACCAGAUGAGCCAGUCAUGUGACAGAUGCUUCACAACCACUUGCAGCUGAGUGCUGUUUCCUGGGGUGCAGCCACUGUUGCAUGAUGAUAGCUUCCUGGAGUCACAGGUGAGAGCUGAGUGCAGGGUGGGAACCAAAGGUGGACAAACUAUCACAGAAGGAGCACAACAUGUCUCCCUCUAGAGGUACUGUCCCUCCCAUAACACCCCACAUGAGUUUGUUUUGAUUGUAUCUGUUGCUGUUUUAAUGUUUCCACUUUAGUGACAAGCCACCUACUCCAUCCACCUUUGCCAUUUGUGACCUCAUUCACAGGUCAUUUGAGUAGCACAUUUGCUCAUAGAGAUGGCAACAUUCCCUUUAGUGGCUUGUGGUCACCCAUCCAUCCAUCCAUCCAUCCAUCCGGGCCUAUGCUGAGGAGGGCUGCACUGAGGAAGAAUGGUGGGAGCCUCCCACACCCCCUGAUCCUGAAUCUUCCCAGGAGCCAGAGGACAGUAUAGAUUUGGAACAGUGGUUUGCAGAGGGGCACAGUUCAGAAGGCAGAAGUUGGGAAAUACUGGAUGGUGAACAGCUAGGAGAAGAAACACUAGAAGAGAAAGAGCUAACAGAUUCACAGUCUCUGGACAGCAUUCACUCCCCUUCCCCAAAGACACAAACAGCUCAGAAAGUGUUAGAACAGAAAGCACAGAGGGUACAAGCUCAGGUUACAAGAUGUAGGAGUGACAUAUAUUAAUAGGGACAAAGCAGGGGAGUGAACCUUAACUGGGAGCACCACCAUUUCUAGGAGAUGUGUCCUUUGUUCUCUUGCUGAUUAUUAAAGAGUCUAACUGGUAAGACAUUCCUUCCGUUUGAUCUUAUCAUUCCUGGCCAUAGGGUAGUAAGCCAAUUCCCUGAAGCCUGGCUCCUUCCUUGCUUCUUACCUUCCUUCCCAGCCAUUCCCUGGAAAGAACAUUACACCGUCACAUAAUGGUUAUUCCAAGGGUUACAAAUUUCAUUUAGAUAGUCUGCAGAAUGUAUGUGGAGGAGGGGAGAUGGCACAUCCAUCGCUUUGAAUGUUCAUAUUGAACAUUCUUUUUUUCCUAGCGGCUGCUAAGCAAGUUACUACCAUCACUCCUGAUCAUGAAGAGUGUAUGGGGGACAGUCCUUGUUCCAGAGGAGAUGGUGGGAAGAAAUUAUUGCAUUAUAAUGACAAUCAAACUAGUAAGUAAUCCCAACCAUUUAAUUUGCUGGCGGGACCAUGGCUUGGAUUCCGUGACUAAAUUCCAUUCAUAUGUUGAUGCCCAAUUUGCUUGCUUAUUCUGGGAUGUUGGGCACAAUGCAUAAACACAUCAUGUGUGGCAAUUAGAUAGAACCAGAGCUUGCAAGCAAGGGCUAUAAUCUUAUCUCCAGCUUUAUGUGUUCCGGCUUAGGCCUAAAGCUGACAAGGCUACAUUAUUAGCAGCCAAAUUUCUGUUCGUUCGAACAAGAAUCUGUGCAAAACCAGUUUUCCGAUUCUCAUUUAGUGGGGCGCUAUUGGGCAGACCAAGCAAGACAUGGGAAUGUGCUCUUUCAUGUUGUGCAAUCUGACUCCUAAAUUGAUUAAAAAACAAACAAACUGCAGCACUUGAGGAUUAGAUUUUUCUAAGCUACACAAAUACAAAUAUAACUUCCUACCUCAUUACUGCGGUUAUUGCUUCACUAAUAUCAAGGCUACAUUGCAUCCUAGACGUCAACAAAUGGUAAAUAAUCUGAUUCUAAUAGCAAGAAGAAAAAUCACAAAAAAGAGGAAAAGUUUGGAAAGCCCCCUGUCUGGCUAAAAAAGAAUGUGUGCUGUGAAAUUUAGUCACUUGAAUCCAUUUCAUCACUAAAGGGGGAAGGCUAUUAAGGUUAAGAAGUCAAUAUGAAAUUCAGAUUUUUUAAAGUAUUAUUUUGGAAUAGACUCUAGAUUCAAAAUAUUUCACUGGAAUUAGUGGCAUCUUGAAUCUGAUAUAAUAUUCUAUUAUAUUUAUUGAUCUAAAAACGUGAAUAAAGUUUGUAUUCAAUAAGCUGAUAAUGGGCCAGACACUGUGUGUUUCUCUGGAUUUUGGACAUGACUUCCUUCACAGAAAUAACUUUAGGAAGUGUUUCCGCUGUCCCUAUAUCAUGGCAUAAUGAAAACUGGAUAUAAAUUUGACCUUUGGAAAUUAAGGGCUGGGGUUCAAGUGCAGAGGGAUUAGACUACAAAACUUUUUUAUGUUCAGUUUUGUCUUUCAGGUCCUUUGUUUUUGUUCUGCCUUGGCAAAUAACGACCCCCCUUCUUUUAUUGCCCCUUUUGAAUUUCAUCCCCCCCCCACCUUCUCCCAAAAUAGCUUUGCAGAGAAAGGAUUUCUAUUUAAAGCCCAAACGUGCAGAGCGUGUUCAAAGUCUUUUGCCAAAGAGCACACCGGGACAACAGCCAGAAACCUGAAUCCAAAACCAGAUUAGGCUGGUGGGUUUUUGCUCUUCAUGUGAAUGAGAGAUUAGAAAGCCUGCAAAGAGACUUUGCUUAAAAACUGAGAGAGGGGAGCGUGGGCUUCUGGUGCUAGGGAGUAAUCUAUAUUGCAAGUUUCCUUUUAAACGUAGGAUUAAAACAACGCAAAAGUAGAUGGCUUCUAACAGCUUUCAUCUUCCAGAUGUGGGAACAAGAUUGUUUAAAGAGCUGAUCACUAAGGGCGACUCUCAUUAUCCCUGACCACUGGCCAUGCUGGCGGUGGGUGGUGGAAGUUGAAAUCCAACAUCCUUGAGAGGACAUCCUUUUGAAUACCCACAGGUGCUUGUAAGAAUCUACAGAUGAGCCCAGGAAAAUGAAGACAGCAGGUCUAAGUGGCACGUGGUAUUAUUACUGCAACUGUGGUCUCAAACAAAUACUUUGAGGAAAACUUGUGUCCAGCUUGUGGAAAGAUAAGAGAACUGGAGUCGUAAGUAAAACCUAGGCCAGAACUGUGUCAGGGUCCAGUUAUGCUAAAACUGCUGGGGAAACAUGAAGUGGACUUUUAAACAAACAGCGCUCAUUUAGAGUCAAAGCUUUUUGUGCUGUUUUGUGGGGUUUUAAUGUUCGUUCUAUUACUUUAUUGUGAGACUCAUACCCGCCAACAUUUCUCCAAUGAAAAGAACAUCCCAUUUGAUAAUAAUGAUAAUAAUAAUAAUGAUGAUAAUGAUAAUUUUAUUAUUUAUACCCUGCCCAUCUGACUGGGUUGCCCCAGCCACUCGAACAUAUAUAAAAAAUAUAAUAAUACCAGUGUUUUUUUUCUAGAAAAAGAGGUGCCAGAACUCACCAUGAACACCUCCCUCAUUUGCUUAGAAUGGCAAUGGCACCCACCUGAGAGGUGCCGGAACUCAGUUCCUGUGAGUUCCCCCUGAAAAAAGCCUGAAUAAAACAUUAAACAUUAAAAAACUUCCCUAUACAGGUCUGCCUUCAGAUGUCUGCUAAGGUUGUAUAGUUAUUUAUCUCCUUGGCUCGAGGGUCACAUAACUCCAUACCCUUCAAAAUUUCUCAGGUGAACAAAGGGACGUCCUAAGGAAAAGUGGGACAUUCAGGGAUCAAAUCAGAAAUUGGGAUGGCUUCUGUAAAUCCGAGACUGUUCCUGGAAAAUAGGGACACUUGGGGGGUCUGGAGGCUCAGUUUCUUACACAGCUUGCCCUGAAGAUACAAAUUUUACAAAUAACAGAAACAAUUCUUGGACUUUGCAUGCAGGCUUGGACUUCACAUCCAGUUCAGUCCUAUCAACUCUGACUAGCAGUGUUUAUUUUAGACAGGGACCUCCUCCAGUCCUACUUGGAAAUGCUGGGGCUUUCUCCAGCAGUGGUUGAUGGUGUUUCCUCAAUAACAUAUCCCAACAUCACUCUUUUUACUGCUCCCUGUAUGAAAUUUCUGUCUGGCAAGGAGAGGAGGAAGAAGAACAAAAAGCACUUGUACUAUUCAGAGAAGCUGGGCUGGCUGUCAGAACUGUCAGUUUGCUGACCUCCAUUUUGUGUGGAAAGAUGAACAAAAAAAUAAAUAGGGCAAUGUACAGAUUCUUUCCACCACGGACUCAGGACUAGACAUCACAUAUAUUAACUAGAAGCCAGGUACGAGUCUUGACAUCACUUGAAGUGAGCUGCUCCAAGGAUGAAAUUGAAAAUCUCUUACCUGAAUCCUCACAUAUAUUCCCUAAAAAUUAUUAAUGGGAAACUAUAUUGGCUUUUAUAGCAGAAGCCGUUUCAUAUUAUAGUGUCAACAUUUUGCAAUUAAGUGCUCUGAAUUAUUAAAACAUCUUAUUACAGCAAAUCACACCUCGGGUUUAUGCCAGCUGCCCCUUUCUUUCUUUUUAAUCAAUGUGAAUGAAAUUAACUGCCUCUCCGUCAGUUUACAUCAUGGUGCUUAGCAAACCUGCACACCUCACCAAAGCCUGUUAUGGCUGCCGUAAGUUGUCAAGUGUGUUGCCAGGUGCUUCAGUAGAUAACUAGAAAGGGGGUAUAACUGGUAGCUACCAAUGGCCACUGUGUUAAGAGUGUCAGUGGGCUAAUUCACAGUGAGUUGAAGUCAAUGACCAUCAUUCAAGACGCCAGGAGACCGUCAACAUCUUAAAUAAAAAAAUCACUCUUGGUUUAACUCAGCUAUUUAAUUAAUGUGUUUCUCUGGAAGGGUUCCCAGUUUAAGACCAAGACUGACUUAAGUUUACAGUGCUCAUGACACUAUAUCUUUAGCAGGAACUAAGAUCACCAAAAGAGUAAUGUCAUUUACCGGAUGGCCAUUUGUCCUGAUCCGCAGGCCCCAUUUGAAUUAUAAAAUAAUUAUUGUUGUGAUUAAAUUAUAUUUGUAUACUGCCCUAUACCCACAGGUCUCAGGGCGGCCACAACAUAAAAACACAAAAUACAUAAUAAAAAUAAAAAUAAAAAUGGAAACAACCCAAUAAUUCACCAAAAAAUCAAAACAAGUACAUAAUUAAAAACAAAACAGCGAAAUGGUAACUCCCUCUUUCCAGACACAUUUAAAAGGCUAUAGGACUUGGGCAUCUCCUCCUUUAACAACCAGGCCUGCCAUCACAUGAAAGAAAUAAUAUCUGAAUUGGAAGUCGUUCACGGGGCUGCAGUGCUUCCUGCAGUCACGAUCACUCCCAUAAAUUUCUUCCAGGAUUGGGGGAACUGUUGCAAUCCCAUCUAUCAGCAUGAACAAGCACAUCUGGUUCCCAUAAGACCAUGUACCAGCGGUUGAGUGCACAACUUGGCACAUGUACUAAUGAAAUUUGGCUGCGGCACCAGACUUGUCCACUGGAACUAAAUCCACAGAUUAAUUACUGAAAACGAAAAAAUGGUUCCACCAGAAAUUCAGUCCUUUGAUACCUGGUUUGAGAAAGCUGUAUGCAAUUCUUCAACUUUCUCAUUUAGGCAGCAUAAGCUGUCUUUCUCCCCCGCUCUUCUCUUAUAUAUAGAUAGGUGAAUGUACGUGUGCAUGCAUCUGAAAAAUGGUUUAUAUUUCUGCAAUUUGAGAUUGUAAGUAAACAUCAGGUUAUUUCUAUUGCUCUUGGUUUGCACACACACAAAAGCCAGGGUCCCUUGAGAAAGAUCAUAUGCGGUGAUUUGUUCAGACAUGAACAAAUAAGAUUAUCUCAGGCUUUACAAAUAUGAAAAUAUCAAAGCAGGGGACAGCAGGCCUCAGUAAACAGAACUACACCCAGGAAUGAAAUGUUCUCUGGGGGUGUUUAGCCUUUGUCAAAGAAAAAGAAGAAUAUUCUUAAGCACAAUUAAAAAUGCCCACAUCACUGUCCCAGGACUGUUGUUUUUAAGUCUUGGGGGUGGGUUGUUUUAAAGUUAGAAAAUGCAAUUAGUGUGAAAAUAAAUCUACACGCAACCACACGCACGCACACAAGAUAGAUAUGGAUGUUUCAUAUGGGUAUUAUUGCUUACCCUUAUCCCCACUUUUCAGCUCUCAUCUGAUAGCUUUCUAAUGGUUGUAGUUUUAUCAAGGGCGGCAGAAGUCUCACAACUAUAUCUCUAAGGGAUAGACUUAUCUCUCUGGCUGACCAAAAUGUGGUAUAAAAAGAAAAAUAACCUUACUUUGUAAUGGGAACAUAUAGAAGAACAUAUAUUCCAGCUGCAAUCUUUCUGAUUCAUGUCAAUUUUAAUGAGCUUUCAAAACUUUUAAAAAAUUAGUAAAUGUGCAUCUGAACCCAUAUUCUGAUGUAGCAGCUUAUAAGAACUCAAAGCUAUUGCUUACGCCUUGCUAAUGUUACAAGCACUCCUCUGCAUGCAAAACAUCUCAGGUUCAGCCUCUGGCGUCUUCAUCGAGGACUCCACUCUGAACCUAGCAUAAAUCAGGAAUGGAGAGCCUGCGACCCUCCAGAUAUUGUUGCUGUUGUUGUUAAAUUAAAUCUAAUACUGAUUUUCAGUUGUUACAUUCAACCCAGUCAUGGGCGUAGCCAAGGGGGGCAGGGAGGAGCAGCUGCUCCCCCCUAAAUCAAUAAAAAUAAAUAACAAAACAAAACUGAGGUUCUGCUCCCCCCCAACAAAAGGCCUGCCCACCCCAGACAAAAAUCCUGGCUACGCCCAUGAACCUAGUUGAAAGGAAACAAUCCUGAUUUUAGCAUUGCAUCUAAAAAGCAAUCAUUUAUUAUAUGGCAAAACUGUGUGCUUAGAGCUGAAUUUUCAUUUUCAUUUUUGCUAGGUUAAUAGUCACCUAACCAUAGUUGUUGUUGUUGUUGUUGUUGUUGUUGUUGUUCUUCUUCUUCUUCUUCUUCUUCUUCUUCUUCUUCUGUAAUUGUUGUUGCUGUUUAUUAAAUGUGGUGUUGUUGUUUAGUUGUGUCCAACUCUUCGUGACCCCAUGGACCAGAGCACGCCAGGCACUCCUGUCUUCCACUGCCUCCUGCAGUUUAGUCAAACUCAUGCUGGUAGCUUCGAGAACACUGUCCAACCAUCUCAUUCUCUGUCGUCCCCUUCUCCUUGCGCCCUCCAUCUUUCCCAACAUCAGGGUCUUUUCCAGGGAGUCUUCUCUUCUCAUGAGGUGGCCAGAGUAUUGGAGCCUCAGCUUCACUAUCUGUCCUUCCAGUGAGCACUCAGGGCUAAUUUCCUUCAGAAUGGAUAGGUUUGAUCUUCUUGCAGUCCCUGGGACUCUCAAGAGUCUCCUCCACCACCAUAAUUCAAAAGCAUCAAUUCUUUGGCGAUCAGCCUUCUUUAUGGUCCAGCUCUGACUUCCAUACAUCACUACUGGGAAAACCAUAGCUUUAACUAUAUUGACAUUUGUCGGCAAGGUGAUGCCUCUGCUUUUUAAGAUGCUGUCUAGGUUUGUCAUUGCUUUUCUCCCAAGAAGCAGGCGUCUUUUAAUUUUGAGACUGCUGUCACCAUCUGCAGUGAUCAUGGAACCCAAGAAAAUAAAAUCUCUCACUGCCUCCAUUUCUUCCCCUUCUAUUUGCCAGGAGGCGAUGGGUCCAGUGGCCAUGAUCUUUUUUUUCCUUUCCUUUUCUUUUUUGAUGUUGAGCUUCAGACCAUAUUUUGUACUCUCCUCUUUCACCCUCAUUAAAAGGUUGUUUAAUUCCUCCUCACUUUCUGCCAUCAAGGUUGUGUCAUGUGCAUAUCUGGGGUUGUUGAUAUUUCUCCCGGCAAUCUUAAUUCCGGCUCGGGAUUCAUCCAGUCCAGCCUUUCGCAUGAUGAAUUCUGCUUAUAAGUUACGUAAAUAAGCAGGGAGACAAUAUACAGCCUUGUCAUACUCCUUUCCCAAUUUUGAACCAAUCAGUUGUUCCAUAUCCAGUUCUAGCUGUAGCUUCUUGUCCCACAUAGAGAUUUCUCAGGAGACAGAUGAGGUGAUCAGGCACUCCCAUUUCUUUAAGAACUUGCCAUAGUUUGCUGUGGUCGACACAGUCAAAUGCUAGUCAAUGAAGCAGAAGUAGAUGUUUUUCUGGAACUCUCCAUAAUCCAGUGCAUGUUUGCAAUUUGGUCUCUGGUUCCUCUGCCCCUUCGAAAUCCAGCUUACACUUCUGGGAGUUCUCGGUCCACAUACUGCUUAAGCCUGCCCUGUUGAAUUUUAAGCAUAACCUUGCUUAAUUAAAUUAAAUUAAAGUAUUUUUCACUCUAUAAGACGCACCAGACCAUAAGACGCACCUAGUUUUUGGAGGAGGAAAACAAGAAAAAAAAAUAUUCUGAAUCCCAGAAGCCAGAACAGCAAGAGGGAUGGCUGCGCAGCGAAAGCAGCGAUCCCUCUUGCUGUUCUGGCUUCUGGGAUAGCUGCACAGCCUGCAUUCGCUCCAUAAGACGCACACACAUUUCCCCUUACUUUUUAGGAGGGAAAAAGUGAGUGUUAUAGAGCAAAAAAUACGGUAAAUUAAAUUAUUAAAUGUGUUAGUCACUUCAUCUUGCCCAGGGCAACCCAAAGUGACUUACAAAAAACCAAAAAACCUAGAUACAUUAAAACUGAGUAGGAAAAGAAAUACAUUAAAAUCAUCCCACCCACAGAUAGUUAAAGGCCACCACUAGUUAAAAGGUCAAAGGCCUGAUUAAAGAGGGAAAUUUUGCCCUGGCAACUAAAGAUAUGCAAUGAAGGCAUCAGGCAAGCAUUCCACAAAUGGGGAGCCACUGCAGAAAAGGCCAGCUCUCGUGUUGCCACCCUCUGGACCUCUCAUGGAGGAGGCACAUGAUGAAGGGCCUCAGAUGAUGAUUGCAGGAUCUGGGUCAGUUCAUAUGGGAGGAGGCAAAGUUUUACAUGUCUAAACCAGCACUUUGAAUUGGGCACUUUGAGUUGUGCCUUUAAAAAUAAGAUAAGAAUUUUGUUGAUGACACAGUAUGCUAGAAGGAGACAAGGAGCGAUAUGGGGAGAAUUUUGCCUUUGUGUGCUUAAAAUGUAAUACUCUGCCUGCGUAAGCUUGAAAAGGUCAGGACUUGAUUUAAUAAAUUCAUCUUUCAAGAAUAUAACAUUCCUUCUUUAAAGUUUAACGUUAGCACUUACUGGGGGAAUGGAUGCAUGGGGCAUCGGUCAUGAGCACUUUAACAUGCAGGUCACAAAUCAGGACACACAACACAGAGCCAGAGAAGAAAGUCCUACCUCAUGGCAUUUGUGUGAUCUCUUCUGUUUGGUGAAUUGGAUGGUUCUUAAUGGAAAGUAACAACUAUGGAGCCUAGUAAUCUUUUACCCACAAACUACAGUUCUCGGGAUUCUUUAGGGAAGUCAUGGCUAUUAAAGUGGUAUAGGAGUGCUUUGAAUGUACAACCAAUUUUGUGCUUUGUUGUACAUUCUGCACAGUAUGGAAGUUUAGUUAUUUAUUAUUACAUGUACCAGUAUAUUUACCCUGUCUUUCAAAGUGCUGAAGGUGAUGGACACAAUUCUUCCCCUUCCUGUUUUAUCACCAAAACAACAUUUCUCUGAUGAAAAUAGGGCUUUCCUAUUCCAUUAUUAUAAUAAUUUUAUUAUUUAUAUGCCACCUAUCUGACUGGGUUGCCCCAGUCACUCCAGGCAACUUCCAACAUAUAUAAACACAUAAUAAAACAUUAAACAUUUUUUAAAAAUCCCUAUACAGAGCUGCCUUCAGAUGUCUCCUAAAUGUUGUAUUGUUACUGUACUUAUCUCCUUGGCUCAGGGGGCCGUAUAAUUCCAUGCCCUCCAACGUUUCUCCAAUGAAAAUAGAGGUGUCCUAAGGAACAGUGGGACAUUCAGGGAUCAAAUCAGUAACUGGGGUGAUUUCUGUAAAUCUGGGACUGGAAAAUAGAGACACUUGGAGGGUCUGCCAACCCUUUGAGGCAGAUUAGGCUAAAUCAGGUCCUCCCUUAAAGAGGUGAGACCUGGAAAACUGACACCCUGUGUUGUAGGUGGGUACAAUUGGUCAGCCACAACACCCAAUUGGUAGGUCCCUCGAAGCUGGGUGCAAUCUGGCCAAUGGGAGGCAGUCCAAACAUGCAUGUGACCCAGAGCUUCAGCGUGUGCAUUCAGAACACCCGCCCACCUCUCCCUACUUUUAGGGCUUUGCACUUGACCUUGGUAUGCUGUCGUGUGUCGUCUGUCAUUGAGACAGAGGCACGGCAGGAAUUUUCCCCAUGGCUGAUUGGCUGUUGCCAUUUGGCUUUCGCCUGCCACGUAGCAAAUUGUCACAACUUGUAAGGUUGCGGAUAGGCUCUGGUUCAGGUGAUAGGGAUGGGAGAAUGCUCUUGCCAUCCCUAUGUGAAGGGUAUUCCAUUAAAGGAAUCCAGGGACUCAAUGGUUUGGUCAACCCCUGAGAGGGGGUUGUGCCCAUGCCUGAGUCCAGGGGGGCAUUUGGAUGGCGGAGAUAGCCUGUUCCCGGCUUUCCGCUUAUCCAGGUGUUCCCCUAGGCUGACCUAUGCUGGUGCCCUGGGUCAGCGCUACCUGCAUGGCAGGGAGCUAGUCAAACCAGAGCCUAUGCAACCAGUCACUUUCUGUAAUCAAUAAAGUUGUGGCCGAAAUUCUGCCAAAAACCAAACCAAAAUUUGAGUCAGGUGUGAAUUUAUUUAGGGGGGAGGUUUCUGGGUCUGAACACGCAAAAGAGAGUGACUGAUCCAAGGUCAGCUUCAUGCCUGUGUAGGGAUUUGAACCCUGAUCUCCCACAUCCUAGUACAACACUAACCACUACACCCCAUUGGUCUGUUAGGGUCCCAGCUAUAACAUGUCAUGACCCCUCCCAACUUGCUCUGGUGCUCAGCUCCGACCCUGUACACUCAAGAGAAACUGACAUACCUAGUGGAGGCGUUGCUAGCAAUCUGUAAACGAAAAAACAGCUACACAGGCAAAAGAGGUUCCAUCAGUCUGUAGUGCAUGUAAGCAGCUUGGCUUGUACGGUUAUCACUCUUCCCAAGGACACUGGAUUAAUUGGACAGAGUUGAAAAAGACAAAUUAGCCAAAACAGACUUUCAGCCGGCGUGCCAUCUCCAGAUAUAUAUUACACCCUGUUGUUUACUUAUAACAUUAUUACUUUCGAUGCAUCGAUUCUUGGUUCCAUACAGUGCCAUUUUCAUAUCUGGGGGUCUCUUUGUUGCGCUGUUGCUUCAGUACAAGCAGCCAACUCCUGUGAGGCCCAGCCUUUUGAAAAGCUGUGGGGGAAAGGGGAAUUUCUUUGCAGUUUUUAGACGCCUGUCAUUUGGAGAUGGUGAUCUCAAAACGGUUUUGCUGAAAUAAGUGUUGUCUGCAUGGUUGAUGAUGUGUAGAAAUAAUAAAUGUUCAUCAUCUGCUGUGGGGUUACCUGGAACAAGGGUCCUCUCUUAAAACAAAGGAUCGCUGGCAACGCUGUAGAAAUGCCUCUGACGUUUGGCUCCAUAUUCUUAUGGCAAGGUCUGUGUUACUGAGAUGUGAUCACUCAAAGCAGGCUGUGACUCUGCUUCUGAGUCUGCCAACAUUUGUAUUGCACAACAAACCUAGACUUUGUACCAAUUGACAUCUUCAGAAGGCUGUGAAAAAUAAAUGGAGUGGCUCACACAGCAUGUUUCGUGGGUGGUGCCUUGUGCAGGGAAUUUCUUGCCCUGCGGUUUGCUGAUAAGGGAGUCGUUUUAACCCAUUGUUGCCAAUUAGUUCCAUUAUCGUAGAAUCAUAAGAUUGUUGAGUUGGAAGGGGACCCUAAAGAUCCUCUAGUCCAAUUCCCUACAAUGCAGGAAUAGGCAGCUGCCCCAUGCGGGGAUCAAACCAGCAACCUUGGUGUUACCCCAGCACCACUUUUUAACCAGCUGAGCUAUUAGACAACAGCUAUUGGUGAAAUCUGCCAUGCAAAGUCAAUCCUUUUAGGGGCCGGACUACUUUAAGAGCUGUCUCACAGGUAGACAUAUAGCAGGCAAAGUUUUCUCCAGCACUCUGACUCUCUAGGUAGAGAAAAGCACCGCCUGUUUAAUUUCUGCCUGUCGUGCAGGUGUUCAUGGUGAAGCAAGCCCCGGCAGAGAAAAAGGAGGCACCAGGGUACAUCAUUCUAGCCAUGGCAAUUCUGCAACUCACAUUCUUGGCAGCCAGGGUAAUCUGGCUGCAGCGAGCAGCAAAGUUGUUUGGCAAAACAAUAACUCAGCUGCAGAUAAUGGCCGAAAUCCAACAGAGCCAUUUAUCCUUGGACAAGGGAACGGUGUGCACAGCUGGAGCUUUCUUUGUCGCUUUUCAUCAUGCCGUUCCCGGCAACCUCUGCAAUUGCUGACCACGUGGUUAGAAUACAUCUCAUGGUGACAUACUGUGCUAGUGAUAAACUUGGGCAUUGUUAGAACCAUAUAAUCUGCCCUAACCAUACAGAAAAGUCUGUCAUUGGAGUCUGCAAUUUAGCCGAUGUUAGGCUGCAAUCCUAUGGAAACUUAAGGUUCACACUGGAACAUUCUUCUGAGUAAAGAUGCAGAGGGUUGUACGGCAUGUAAUUCAAAACAAGCAAGGUGGCAUAUUUUUACUCUGGAAUAGUUUUUCGUAGUGUACAAAUGUGCAAGUUUCUGGGUUCUACAGAGCUCUGCAUUGUUCUGCAUUUUAAGCUAUUUGACAGUGGAACGGUCUGCCUCGGGAGGUGGUGGACUCUCCUUCCUUGGAGGUUUUUAGGCAGAGGUUGGAUCUCCAGAGAUGGUUUUGGGAAAGUGUGACUGGUAUUUCCACACUGGGCACCAACACAAGAGGGCACUGCAGGGUCCCUUACAACUCUACAAUUCUAUGAUUCUAUGAGAUCUGUGUACAGUGAUACUUAAGUUAUGAACUUAAUUCGUUCCAGAGGUCCGUUCUUAACCCGAAACUGUUCUUAACCUGAGGUGCGCUUUCACUAAUGGGGCCUUCUGCUGCUGCCACUGCGCCGCUGGCACACGAUUUCCAUUCUCAUCGUGGGGUAAAAUUCUUAACCCGAGGUACUACUUCCGGGUUAGCAGAGUUUGUAACCCAAAGUGUUUGUAACCUGAGGCACCACUGUAACUCAAAAAGUUCAGAGACUCCAAAGAGAUCAGAUUAGUGGUGGUGUCCUGGAAAAAAAAGUGUGGGUUGCAGGCCAGAUGGAAAGUGUGAAUAUUGGCUUUGGAUCCCACUCUGCUACCAUUGAGGCAAUGCAAGUGAAUGGGCCGCUGGAUGGCCAGAGAUGGUUUUUAAAGCAAUAGAGAACACGAGUGUGCUUGCUCCCCCUUGUAAACAUUUAGCCAUGCAGAGAGAAGAACGAACACUCCUGAAAUGCAUUACUGCAUGUAGUAAUGUAACUGAUAUGAUGCCCGUCAGGCACUGGAGGAAUGUAAAAUGUUGUUUCAGUAAUGGAAAAGUGAUGAUGAAAAACUCCCUUUCCACUACGCACCUGCCUUUUCUGUGGAUUUUGUCAAUUGGGUUGUGUGAAAUGUCACUGCACGGCAACUGCAGGCCACUGAAGAAUUGUUUUAUUCUGGUGAAUCGUGAACCAAAUUACUUCACAGAUAGCACUUGAGAUUUUUGUGUUUGGGCGGCAUGUUGGCCCUGAGAGCCACUUACAUUCUGAGAUAAAAAGGGAAGGAAAGAAAAAAAAAAGAAAAAAGAAAAGAAAAGAAGAGCAGCUUGUUGUAAAGAGGGCACUACUCUUCUUUUUAAGGAGUGCUAAAUUCUGUAGUUUAAAUUAUUUCUUGCUUUAGCUAGAGAAGGAGAGGUGUGGGAGAAAACCUUUGCAUGGGGUACAGUUUAGACAGGCUUGUUAUUCUGGCUGUGGGGAUCAAGCUCAAUGUGUUGUGCUUGUUUAAACCAGGGGUAACCAAAGAAAUGCCCUUCAGAUAUUGCUGGACUUCAACUGCCAUCAACCCCCAUCAUUCUGCCCGGUCACUGAGGUCCAGCACAGAGGGCCUUCUGGCAGUUCCCUCUCUGCGAGAAGCAAAGUUACAGGGAAAAAGGCAUAGGGCCUUCUUAGUGGUGGCGGCUGCCCUGUGGAACACCCUUGCAUUAGAUGUCAAGGAAAUAAACAACUACCUGACUUUUAGAAGACAUCUGAAGGCAGCUCUGUUUAGGGAAGUUUUUAAUGACUGAUGUUUUAAUGUAUUUUUAAUCUUUUUUGGGGGGGGGAGCCGCCCAGAGUGGCUGGGGAAACCCAGUCAGAUAGGCGGGGUAUAAAUAAAUAUUUCCAUCGUAGAAAUGUUGGAGAGUAUGUUGUUGUCGUUUUGUUUUUUUAACUGCUUUUAAUUAGUUUAUGUGUAUGUCGCCUUGAGAUUGUGGUUUAGAAGGCCAUUAAUAAAUCUAUUGAAGUAUUUGCAGCUUUAAUAGUAAUACUGCUUUUGACUUAUUUUACUGAUUUAAUAUUUUAAAGGGUUAAAAUGAAUUGCGUAUAGUCCUUUGCAGUCGUUUUGAGCCUCUUUGCAUGCCCGGAUUAGUUGAUAUGGUGGAUUUUUAAUAAAUAAAUUACCUACAAAUAGACCACUCCCAAGAGGCAUUGUGCUGACAUGUAAAUCUUUACUGAGGAAUAAGGAUAGGGAGUACAACUAGCCAUAAAAGUUUAAUGUCAUAAAACAUGAUAGUGUGUCAGCACUGUGGAAAGAUGCUCCGAUAAAAUAUGCAUAAUGUGGGUGACAGCAUAUGCCUAAAGAAAUGUUAUGCUUUAUUUGUGUUCUUUAAGGCUGGCUUGCAUUUUCCAAGCCAUUGGAGUGUCUAAACUGGCUGCCUUGGGUGAAAGUUAAGUUGCCACCAACAAAAAAAGUAUGUAUUGCCAGGAAAAGGUUGGUUUUUUUGCCAUUCCUAUCAAAUCCUGAGCCCUCUGGUCUGCAUGGUUAUGAGGAGGGGGAACUGAAUGAGAUUCUGAUCCUCUUAUUUCUGGGGAAGGGCAGAGGUCAGAGAUCUUGCCACACACUGAUCAACCCUUCACUUUGCCUCUGUCAUCGCUACUUAGUGCUCACAUUGGAAAAUGGGAUAAGGCUCAUCCUUCCUGACCAUUGCUGACUGGGGAUGGUGGGAGGUGGAAUCCAACAACAUCCAAAGGGUACCAUAUUGGCUACCUCAAUAUAAUUGUUUCAGUUCCCUUGAUUAUUUUUCAUUUUGAACCCUUGCUGCAGGGGUCCAGUUGCAGACAUACUACUGAGGGAGUAAGCCUAAAUGGAUGCAAUAGGGCUUACUUUCAAGUAAAAAUGCAGAAGAUCGCUCUGUUAAUCAGCUUUUCCAUCUUUCAUCCCUUUUUUCCUGCCCUAUUUCUCUGAAUGCCUCCUUGACCAAAGAUAAUAACUAUCUACAUGGGCAUUUCAUGUAUUAGUGAUUUCCCACAAAGGCUGAAAAUGCAAAGAAUGUUUCAAAAAGAAGAGAAAACCACUCUGGCCUGUUUCUCAGCUUUGAGAUAGAAAAUUCUCAAUAAAAACUCCCAAGCUACUUUAAAUAAUUUAAAAAUAACUGGCGCUAUCAUCAUCAGGCAGCCAGAGUAGAAUGUUUUUAAGCCAGCCUUCCUCAUGUCUCUGAAGAAAUGGCUGUGAUCAUUUUUAACCUUUCAUCAGGAUAAUUGCCAAAGAAUUAACAAUGAUAAAAUGAUUACAGAGUGUGAGGCGUUAGAGUGAUUAGCAUGAAAGUGCAUGGCACAUUUGACUGAGAUGUGACCUAUAUAUCCUGCCUGCCGUGCGUCUGGCAAAGGCUGUGGCAGUGAAGUCAAAAAGCACCUGCAUGUUUUGGUGGUGCUAUAUUUCUUACAAAUGUUUCCCAUAACUCCUGAUGUUCCCAAUGGGUUGUUCAGCUUUUCUUCUCUGUAAAUCCUUUGAAUAUAGCACCGGGCUCAUGAUCCUUUCGAGCUGGGUUUAUGAAGUGGUCCAGGACAUUCCAGCAACAGGUAAAGGAAGGUGAGCAAUAGUUAAGGAAGCUCCCUUUCCUUGCAGGGCCCAAGAUGUUUUGCUGAAUGAGGGAAAGGUCAAGAUGAGACUUUCUUCCUCCUCCCACUUUCUACAUACAGAAGUUAACUAGACUAACAGUGGAAUCUUACUUUGGCCACGUUCUCACCAUACUGCUUUGACAGACGUGGCUUCCCUCAAAUAAUCGAGGGGACUGUGAUUUUUUUAAGGAUGCUGAGAGUUGUUAGGAGAUGCCCUCGUUUCCUCUCAAAGCUACAACUCCUCUGAGAAGAGGGAUUGGAUGCUAAAUCACUCUGGAAACUCUAGCUCAGGAUUCCUCAACCUCAGCCCUCCAGAUGUUUUUGGCCUACAACUCCCAUGAUCCCUAGCUAGCAGGACCAGUGGUCAGGGAUGAUGGGAAUUGUAGUCUCGAAACAUCUGGAGGGCCGAGGUUGAGGGCCGAGGUUGAGGAAGCCUGCUCUAGCUCUUUGAGGGUGGUGCUGUGGGUUAAACAACAGAGCCUCGGACUUGCAGAUCAGAAGGUCGGCGGUUCGAAUCCCCGUGACGGGGUGAGCUCCCAUUGCUCGGUCCCUGCUCCUGCCAACCUUGCAGUUCGAAAGCACGUCAAAGUGCAAGUAGAUAAAUAGGUACCGCUCUGGCGGGAAGGUAAACGGCAUUUCCGUACGCCGCUCUGGUUCGCCAGAAGUGGCUUAGUUAUGCUGGCCACGUGACCCAGAAGCUGUACGCCAGCUCCCUCGGCCAAUAAAGCGAGAUGAGCGUUGCAACCCCAGAGUCGGCCACGACUGGACCUAAUGGUCAGGGGUCCCUUUACUUUUACCUUUAACAGUUCUCAGCAUCUUUAACAAACUGCAGUUACCAGUAUUCUUUAGGAGACGCCACAAGUGUUUAAUAGUGCUUUAAAGGCAUAGUGCAGCUGUGGCCCUUGACCCUGGAGAUGGGGCAGAGUUGUUCACUUAACCUGAGGACAGCAAGCUAGCCUAUAGGCUGCAGCCAGGUCAGAUUGCUUGGCACACAAAAUUUUGUCCUCCAUCAUCUCACAUCCAUCAUCACCCUCCAGCCACUGCUACCUGAGUUGCCCCCUCUCUGCCCAAUGGCUGACGGGCUUUCUUUCUAGGACUGUGUGCAAUUUGAUGAGUUUGUGGAUUGUUAAUAAUAAUAUAUAAUAAUAAAGGAAACUGUAGUCCUUUCACCGUGGGAAUACCAAAUAUUUGGUUAUGUGGACUGCUAUGGCAGAUGAAGGUGAUUGACUACAUGGAAUUGGCGGAAAUGACUGGCAGAAUCCGAGACCAGGGAGAAGAGUUGGUGAAAGAAGACUGGAAGAAAUUUAAAGACUAUUUACAGAAAUAUUGCAAAAUUAAGGAAUCUUAGAAGGAUGUUGGAUAGAAACUAAGAGGUUUUUAGCUGUAAUGCUUUAAGAGAUAUGAAAAAAAAAGGUUAACAAUUGGGUAAAAGUUUAAUGGUAAGGAUUUGCUGAACUAACAAACUGAACUGGAAUACAAAGAAGGGAGGUAUGAGGAGGUUCGGGGAAAUAAGUGUAAGGAAGAUAGGCUAUGGAAAAUUAAUGUGUUUUUAAUUGUUUUAUUUUGUAUGUUUCUCUUUAUACUUUUUUCUUUAUUCUGUAUUUUCAUGUAUUUUUUCAAACUUUAAUAAAUAUUAUUUAAAAAAAAAAGGUUAUGUGGACUGCUAAUGUAUCUGAUCUCAUAUUUACUGUUGCCAUAUGUGCAAAUAGCUUUUUCACAUUCCUGGUUAUUUAAGCAACUGAAAGUCAUUAGUAUGAGUGAAUGUUUUUGGAACAGCUAAUUAACAAGAACACUGUGAUUCAAUAGAAUAAAAAAAAACCCACGUAUUAAAAAAAAGUGUUAGGCAAGUCAUCCCUCUCCUCACAACGCCUCAGCAAUGCAGAUAGAAACUCCCUUAGCAAGCAAGGACAUGUUACUCUUUAUUAUCUUUGAAAAGAUGUUUAUAGAACCUUAAAAAAUGUCAUUCGUAAAUAACAACUGCUAGGAAAAUAAUUGCAUGAGGUCCCAUUCCAUUACUGAUAAGCAGAAUUUGUUUACCCUAGUUAUAAUGUAAGCAUAAUCAUCAGGUUUUAUUAGGUUUUCUAGUCUCUCUUUUGCAUGGUCUAAUUUCAUUACUUCUAAGUACACAAUUCAAUAUGUAUUAGAGUGGGUUUUGUUGUUUUUUACUUGAAAAAUUAAUGUAUUAAAAUAAGCUUGAUAAAAUCCAGAUUCUAAGACAGACAAGUGUGUUCCGCACAUAUAAUGUAUUUGUCUACUUCUUGGACAAAAUGCCUGUUGUUCUUUUUAUAUAUUAUUUACUUCUGGCUAUAUAACACCUCCCCUCAGCAAGAAAGGAAACAAUUUGUUUUAAAUAGCAUAGAGGAGGCAAGGAAGCAAAAUAAAUAAUAAUAAUGUGAAAGUUCGGCCAUAACAGAAAAACUAUCUGAAUGAAUCUUUGAAACUCAAAUUAAAAUUAAGCAAAAUUGAAGGCCUGGUGCUCAUUUCAAUCUUUUAUGUGCUUAGACCACCAUAAUGUGCCUUUUGCCUGUCAUUUCCCUUGUGAAAAAUGUCAUGCCAACUCACCAUCCCAUGAUGAGAUCUGGACUUACCUUAUCAGGGAGCUAGAGAGAAGAAAGGAGAUAGGGAACCUUAACUGAGUGUGUUAUAUAUCUAAACAUAUGCACAUUUACCUGGUAAAACCAAAGCAAUUUGAUGAGACAGAACUUCAAAUAUUAUACAUGGCAGAAUGAGAUACAGGAUUAUGUGCAUGAACCAAGAAACUCUCUCUCUCUCUCUAUGUAUAUAUAUAAAAUUGUGUGUGUGUGUGCGCGCGCACACACACACACACACACACACACACAUAAUGUGUAACUUAGGCAAUAAUUUUACAUGGUUAAUCAUUCAGGAAGUUCACCUGUAAGAAUUAUUGCAAAAAUAAUUUAAAAAUUUUAUCCCUUCAGAGUUUCCCAGGCCACUUAACAUACUUCUCAAUUAUAAUGAUGAAAUAAUUCAUUUCACAGGUAAAUGAAUAAAACAUUUACUUCUUGGGUCCUUAACACUCCACAUGUUCUGCAGGGUAAGCAUUGCUCAAUAGCAAAGCAUCCAAAAAUAUACUUCUCUUUUGCCAGUCCCUUUUCUGAUUAAAAUAAAAUGAAGCUAAACUGAGGAGCAAGAACUUUUAAAACUGCCCGUGGCCUAAUCCACAGAAUGUCAAACUUUGGUUGGAUCAGCUUCUGUAUUAAAAUAAAGCGGGGGGGGGGGGGACAUUUUCUUAUAGAGCGACGAGCUUUGAGUUGUCACCACUAAAAAUAGCUUACAUUUCUCAUCUUUAUAUUCAGUGUGUGGGCUAUAGGAAUGUCUGAUUAGCAUUAGCUAGUACCCAACAACUUGGUCACUGCAUGGAAAAAUGAAAAUCCAAGUCAGAAGGAAGUGAUGGUUAUAUAUAGCAUAUAUUUAAGAUCCAUAACUAAAUGUUCUCGAAAGUCCAAGUGGCAGGAGACAACCUGAUAUUAAUAGGUCCACAAGAAUCCUUCCUAAUCCACUUUCACUUCUGCCCUUCACAAAACUAAAACAAACCUUUGCAUCUGCUCUGCUCUGGUUUAAGAUACAGCAAAUCUGAAAUUGAUUAUAUAUAAUUAAGCAUCCAGGCCAUGAUCACAACAACCACUUGACUCUUUCUUCGAGCAGAUUCUGUUUUAAUAACUGUAUCUUUUAUUAAAUACCAGUAAACAGGGGCGGGGUGAUCAUACAGCCAGCCUGGAUAAAUAUCAGCCUCUACUUUCCCUUCCCCUCCGUAAGAAAUAACUCUCCGCCUUUCCCUUCCAGUCUCUUCAAGCCAUGAAGGGUGGCAUGUUGGGUGAUGUAAAAAAUGCUGUUGGCAUUCAUUGCCAUUUGAUAGUAGUACAACUUCAAUCCUGUCCUGGGCUGGAUCUAGAAACAUUUUUUUAAAAGUAUCAGGAAAACGCGUUGUAAACCUCAUAAUGGGAAAUCACAUUGCCGAAAGACGGAACUCUGGUGUCACAUUUAAAACGCUUUAAAAAAAAAUAUGAAUGUAGCUGAUUUAAGAAGUGUCCUAAUUCUUUACUUGUGCCUUUUUUUGCUCAAUUUUCUGCCCAUGUCUUAAUUAUUGAUUAGUAUUCUGCCUUAUUUUCACUCCCGUGGCUGCGCUUUUUCCCCCCUCCGCCAGAUUUCCCCCCCUGCUUUAAUAAUUUUUAUAUUUGUGGUUCUCCAAGUGUUUACUUAAUUUAAUAUUAAGAACACGGACAGGCCUAUUUUCUUAGUUAACUAACUGCAUAGUGCAGAAUUUCUAUUUUAUUAUUAAUAAUGAUGGUAGCACAGUAAGAUGUGCUGAAUAUCUUUUUGUUGAAUACUCUGAAUGAUCGAAUAAUCAUGGUGGUUUGUUUUCUUCUAGGGUGGCGUGCACAGGUAACAUAGGCCCAUUUUUCUGCUGCGUGUGUGGUAUGCAAUGCUCUGGACUGGGCAAACUGGUUUGGGAAUGGAGUGUAGCUGAUGGACAGGUAGGGCUCUUUCAGGAGAUCUGUUUGUUGAGCAUUCAUCCUGAUUUGUUUGCACAAAGCUUAUGUGGAGGUUUGAUUAUAUCCAGUGUUUGAAGGAAGCUUUUGGGCAUUUUCAGAUGGCCUGUUUAUUGAACGUUCAUCCUGAUUUACUUGCAGGCAGAUUAGACGGCAUUGACUGUCUAGGGCUCAUCCACACUUUGGUUUGUCCUGUGAUUUCUAGGCUGAGAGGUUUUUAUUUUGUCCCCACUGCUCUCCCUGGGAAAACCCACUUUCCUAAACACACACACACACACACACACACACACACACACACACACUCAUAUAUUUAUAAUAGAUAAAAUAGUAGCAAACUACCACUACUCCAGCUUUCAGUGACAUGAAAACAUGGCAGUGAAGAGAUGGUUGUAUAACAGCUGAGAACAACCUAUUGGGGGGGAAGGGGGAUGAGAUAAUAGCCAUCCUUGUUUGCAUAGAGAAUUUCAAAAACACAGUUUUUCCCCUCAGGAAUAAGUAAUGGUUGACGCAAAAGCUGCCAAUUGGUGUAAAAGCUUUAUAACAUCUCUAAAGCUGUUGUAGCUGUCAUAAUGCCUAGCUCAUCAUUUGGAACAGAACAGAUUCUAGCCAUUUUUUUAUUUGUGAUUGACAUAGGGACAAAGAAAUGUGUUGUUCCAUGUCUAUUUUUUAUUAUGGGACAGGGAUACAAAUAAUAAUAAUCAUUCUAUGUGCUAAUGUGAUGAAAGGAUUCACAAGAAAGACUCCAGAUACAAUUCUGGCUCUAAGAAAUAUAAGGGAACUUUGUGUUCUGAUCUGGCAGAGGGUGGGAGGGUCAUACCUCUACUUAGCCAUAUGAGAAAGUCAAAUAUAUGACAGCCUCAGUUUCCCAUCUGUACAGUCAGUGGGAGUGAUUUAAAACAAGAAUGCUGUAAAGACAAAACAAGGGUGUUUUUUAAAAAAAUAAAAUAAAAUUGUACAAGCUAAAAGUGCUGUGUAAAUGUUUAAUAAUGGACAAGAUUCAAAAUACCACGUAGGAUCAUGCAAGCUCAGUGGAAGGUUUAACCAUUUUCUCUUUGAACAGCUGAAUCCAUGCCAUAUCACACACUGCUGUCCUUCGUUUUAAUAGUGCUCUGCUAUGUCAUAUCAGAUAGUGUAUUGCUAUUGAAGAGAAACAUUCAAAAACACUAGUUUCCACAAUUCUUUUUUUGUGUGGCCUGAACACUCACAAACACUUUUGACAGGAUAAUCCUAUGUACUUUAUGUUUACAUGAGGUUAAUGGGGUUUACUCACAAGUUAAUGCACACAGUAUUUAUUUUACUUCCUUAUUGUAAGCCAGGCAACUCUUUGUUAUGGAGUGACAUACAUAUGUUAUAAAUAUAUUGGACUCCCCCCCCCUUCUCUCUCUGUGUGUAUCUAUCUAUCUAUCUAUAAUUAGCAUAAGUCAUAGAACAUGAAUCAUUAAAUUCCUUGCCUUUUAAUAAACCAUAAAGAGCUUGAGUUUGAUUAGAGACUCAUCCAUCAGAUACUUGAUGGUUAUUUGCAUCUUGAAAGUGACAAUAAAAGGAUGAACGCUUGCUUUUUUUAUUUGUGAAAAUAUUUUAGGGUGGCUUUGAUUUUAUUGCAGUCAUGCUCCUGUAAACAUCAAUCUAACUGGCAGGGAAGCUUUAAAACAGAGGAAGGUCUUACAGAAUAUCCUAAAGGUGAUUAAAUUGUGGAUUAAUCUAAUCGCCUUUGGAAGUUAGUCCACAGAGCAAUCCUUCUCAAUGAGAAUGAUUUAUCUUUGGCUCUCACAAGCUUUUUAAGCGUUCAUGUCCUGAAGGUACGUAGCUCUCUUGACAUAUCAUUGUUAAGGAGCUGGAACUGGUGCAGGUGAAAACUCAGAAGACAGGAAAGCUCAUUUUAACAAAAGAAGCUACGAAACAAUGAAUGUGGCUGAGGAAAAGGCCUCCUCCAACUGUAGAACCAAACCAAAUCACCACAAUGUUUUGAGGUCUGGGUUGCUUCACUUCAGACUUGGGGAGUGUCUUAUGACAGAAUGUUCAUCGGGAAAACAAAUUCCUGCAGAUAAUAAACUAGAAUAUGAAGAAGCUGUCUGCCUGCCUGACAUGUUACAUUUCUAAACACAGGGGACUACCGAUAGAUACUGUUUCGGUGCAAUUCAGACACAGUUGAGAAUAAGUCUCCACAAUGAGUAGGCUGUUAAAUUAUUUGCUCUAAAGUAGCACUGGGAACACGAGUAACAUUUUGCUGCAUUGACAGGGAAGGAAUAUUUUCCUGACUGACUCUUUAGGGACACUCCACAUACAGUGGAUGCUCGGGUUACGAAAGUGAUCCAUGAGGGAUGCAUGUUCACAACCUGCAGUGGCGCAUCUGUGCAUGCACGGGUUGCGAUUCGGUGCUUCUGCGCAUGCGCAAAGCGCGAUUUAUCGCUUCUGCGCAUGCACGACCGCCGAAACCCGGAAGUAACCCGUUCCAGUACUUCCGGGUUCCGGUGGUCUGCAACCCGAAAAAACGCAACCUGAAGCGUCUGUAACCCGAGGUAUGACUGUAUUAUAAAGAAACUCCCCGCCUUUCCUGAGGCCACACCACCACGCAUUGCUGUUAUGUGGUGAAUCAGCUGUGGUUGCCUGUUCUGUGGUGAAAAAGUCGUAAAGUUUCAUAGGAUGAAAACACUGGUGUGCUGCUGGGCAGAAUCAGCAUUACCGUGUAUUACUUUAACUGCUUCACUACACCUUUCUUGAAGGAGAAAAUAAAAGAAUAAACAGCUACUUGGUGCUCAAAGGCUGUCCAAAGAAAACAGAAAGGGAACAUGUAAUAGGUGAUAAAUAAACCUGCCUAAUACUACAAAGAGAGAAAUUAUGCCAAGAAAGAGCCUGAUUCUUAUGCAAAAUAAGAUAAUCACUAAAGAGAUUAUUACUGAGGUAAUCCACAAAUGGCUGGAAACCAAAUAAAAUGUAAGGCUGAGCAGCUUGCACCUUCAGCCAUUUACCUCACAGUGUGGUUAUUGUGAUAAAAUGGUGGCAGGGAAGAGCCAAGUACACCACAUUUGGAUCUUUGGGAUAGAAGAGGGAUAGAAAUGGCACACAUGCAUAAAUGAUUAUUAUUAAAAUUAAUUAGGCUUUUUGUCCCAAAGUGGCUUACAGCAGCCAACAGUGAAACAAACCAAAAUAUUUCGAAUUGUGCUUGAAAACAGGCUGAGAGCCAGUGAAGAUUGAAUAAAACUGGAUUAGCAUUUCAAAAAUUGGGCUCUGGUCAAGUAGUCUGGCAGCAGCCUCAUUUACAUCAGGUGAAGUUUCUGAGCACUUCCAAAGGCAGUCCAAUGUAAAAUGGUGUUGCAGAAAUUUAGCCUGCUGAGUCACAUUAGCCACAUAUGCCCUUCUGAAGAAGGGACACAGAUAUCUGGUCAUUUAUGAGCAAAGUUGGUUAUUAAGGAGUACUUGCAACCUAUGAACUUGAGUCUUCAAGAAAAAUACUAUCCUGUCCAAAAACAUGGCACAUCCUUCAGUUGGCUUUCCUACUGACCAAAAGCACCUCAUCAAGUGUUUGACCCUUGAACAUGUGGAAUCUACAUUUCUCCUGCACAACUUUGCAUCUGAUAGCUCUUACAAACCAAGGUGCGUGACAACUUACAUUUUCUGAAAUAAAUGCAAAAAAAGGGUCCAGAAAUUCUAAACAAAAAUCUAAAUGAAUUGCAUCUGUGGCACUAAUAUCACUUGAUUCAGCCGUUGGGAUAACACAUGGGUAGGCAAACUAAGGUCUGGGGGCCGGAUCUAGCCCAUUCGCCUUCUAAAUCUGGCCCGCGGACGGUCUGGGAAUCAGCAUGUUUUUACAUGAGUAGAAUGUGUCCUUUUAUUUAAAAUGCAUCUCUGGGUUAUUUGUGGGGCAUAGAAAUUUGUUCAUUUCCCCCCUUCAAAUUAUAGUUUGGCCCCCCACCAGGUCUGAGGGACAGUGGACCAGCCCCCUGCUGAAAAAGUUUGCUGACCCCUGAUACAGAAUGCUCAUGAACAUUUCUGCUGCUCAAGGAACAAAGUUGCCGGAAUGUUUGCAGUCUGUGAGAAACGGGAAAUUGUCAGUUUAGCAGUAACACUGGCCAGAGGGCCAAGAAUAGCUUUGGAAGGGCAUCUUGUAUUUUAAAUCUGACCUUAAAAACACAGGGCUGUUUUCCCCCCUUGCUUCCAAAAUAUUGAGUUACAUGCUGUAUUGCACCUGUAGUUGCGUUUCUCCAUUCUCUGCUAGUGGUCAAGAGAGUAUCAUCAUGGGAGAGGUGUUUCUGGGACUAAGGUGAAACUGUUCCUUUGUUAUUCCUGAUAUUGGAUGCUGCAUGUAGUUUAAGUAAUCUUGUUUUGUUCAUCGUAUCGGAAUGUGCCUUUUUUUUUUUUGGCACGUCAUUAUAUUGCUGCUAUUGUUUUUGCUUUGUUGUUAUGAAAUAAGUUUUGUUUGAAACUCUAGGGACCAACUUCUAGCGGCCGAGAUCCCUUCAUCGUCAUCCCCCCAAUAAAACAUAUGAGGGGUCCAGGGCCCCAAAAGUUGAUGGGCAUUGCCAGGGCCAGAUUUGUUUGAUGAGGUCCUAAGCUACUGAAGGUAAUGGGGCACUUUAUAUGUCCAGCUGUCCUUUGUCAACAACAUAUUGUCACUGAUUUUUUGUGCUGAAUAUAUGCUAUAUGGUAAUUUAUAGACCUAAUGGGUAUUUUAAGCCAUUUGCACAUAACCAAACAUGUAUUUUAUCAAAGUAAUUGUUGAACUGAAAUGCAAUUAAUUAGUUGUUUUUUAUCUUAUAUUUUGGGAAAUGUACAUCCAGUUUUUUCCCCUUUAACUUUUUUGGGGGACCCCCAGGAGAGUGGAGCCCUGAGCUAUAGCUUGUUUAGCUUAUACGCAAAUCCGGCACUGGCCGAAUUGCCAUUCAAACGCUGGGGGCUUACCUGUCCCUCCCCAAUGCCUUGUUCCAAGUUGGCACCUCUGGCUUGAAAUGCAUCACCCGCUUUUCGUUGUAAACCGCUUUGAGCAUGUUUUUUUAAUUAUUAUUUUUUGUGCGGCAAAGCGGCAUACCCAGAAAAUGAAUGGACGCGAAAUCGCUCUUGGGAAUGUGCAAAUCGGUUUAAAACCAAUACACGGCUGCUGGGGGGGAACGAAGAGGCAGCCUCGGCCGCCCCUUUUUCAAACCCUCCGAGUGUCCCUAUUUUCCAGGAACAGCUGGGGAUUUACAAACGGCGAUUUGAUCCCUGAAAGUCCCCCUUUUCCUUAGGAGAAAUGUCCCGGGAGGGGUAUGCCUCUCCCUUUCCCAGAGGGCUGGAUAUGUGGGGGGCGGGCAGCAGCGUGCCUUCUCCGCCCGCCCGCGCGAGCGAGCUUCUCCUCCGGGGAGGCUUGGCUGCUGCCUCGCUUUUCCUUCAGGGUGGGGCUUGUUAUUGCGGUCUCUUGGCCGACCCUGCCUCACAGUAGCCGCUACGGCACCUCGCGAGGAGGCGGCGGCGGCGGCUGCAAGGGAGAGCAAUGCACCUCGCCGUUUUGCCUUGACCCCGCGCUGAGGUUCCUCUCCGGGAAGCGAGCGCGCGCCGCCGAGGGUAGGUGGGCGGGCUCGGCUGUCUUGGCACCAAGCAGCACCCCCCCCCCGCUUUUGUCCGGCGGGGCAGCGCCGACAGGCCCGGGCAGAAGCAGCAGCAGCAGCGUGGCGGCGGCGGCGGCGGCCUCCUCCCUGGGCAAUCCCGCCCCCUCCGCCUUUUCUCUGUUGUUUCGUCCCGCCUUUUUCCUCGCUCCAGCCCCGCGGCCGACCAGCCUUGCGCGCCCUAGCCGAGGCCCAGGUGAGUCCUUGCUCCGCCUGGCCAGGCGCUCCUCCUCGGCGGCUGCGGCGGAGAGGAGGGGCGGGGAAAUUGAGCCGAGCAGGCCCAGCCUUGCGGCCUCGGCAGGCUUUUGUUUCUCCCUCCCCCCGCCUCGUGCGGGGCUGCUGCGGCUUCCCCUCCUCCCUGGAGCUGCGGAGGUAAAAGCGGUUCUUGGGGGUGGGGGGCUCGUGGGAAGGGUGGGCGGAUGUGUGUGUGUUCAGGGCGUCUGUCCCCAAAAUGCAUGCCCCGUGGGACGGGGCGGGGGGCCGCAUCCAUCCCUCGGGAGUGUUCUUCCUUCCUUCCGUCCUUCCUUCCUUCUCUUUCCAAACGCUGCCUCCAUUUUCCCACCCCAGGUUGACCAUUUGUGCCCUGGGGUUUCUCUUUUCGUGGUGGCAGGCGAGGGUCCGCAUGCAGCAGCGGCGGCGGGGCUUCUUGCUUCCUUCUUCAGCCCAGCCCAGCCUCCCCCCUCCUCAAUUCCCCAUCUCUCAUGCACGCCGCUAUGAAUCAAAGCCCGUGUUUGAGAUCAGAGCAACAGGUUUCUUCUUGCAACUUGCAUCUAUAUCCAUGUAUAUUAUCCGUCCUAUGAAGCGCGGCGGGACAGAGUCCGCCUCCCGCCUCCCCGCUGCUUUUCCAUUGCUCCCAGGUCUCUCCUUCUGUAUUUCCUUUCCCUUCCCUUUGUGUUGUCACUUUCCCAACCCUGCCUUGAGUGCAAGCGGGUGAGUGCCGAACGGCACCAGCCGAUCUCUCUCUCUCUCUCUCGGCAUGUUCUGCUUCUAAAAAAACCCAACACAUUUCCUUCUUCCCUAUCCAGACUUUAAGCUGGGUUGUGAAAAGAAACGAAAAAAACAAAACCAGAGGGAAUAGGUUUUGAGAGAAAGAGAGCCUUGGUUCGGAGGGAGAGAAGCUUGCAUCGUCGGUAGCCUGGAGGUGGCUUUUUAGGAGCCCUUCACUGUGACUUGCAACUGAUAGUAAAAACAUAACCCAGAGCACUAUUCUCUGGCCAUCUUGUGACUUAUGGUGUAGUAGUCAGGGCUUUGUCAUCCUUUUGGUUUUGCAGAAGAAAUGCAUGACUGGCACGGUUGAUUCAGCACAGCAUUCAGUGUUGCGGUUACUACUAUAUCCGUUGGUUUGGGAAAGGUCCAUUAUUUUUUACAGUUUUGUCUUCCCACUUAUCCUACCUAGUGAAAAGGUGGCCGAUUUAAAGCUCUUUGAACAUGUAUUGUGUGGCAAAUUGAAAGACGAGAAAGGUGUAUGUUUGUGUGUGCAUAUGUGUAUUUCUUUAAAGAUCUGGGAUAACACCAGAUCUUAUGACUGUAAUGAUUAAAGCCAGGUCUGUGGUCCUUGUCAAGCAGCAAAUUUGCCUGUCUCCUUACUCUAAGAACAUGUAACGGAGCUUUGCAGUCAAAUGAACAUGUGAAAAUGGUGGCUCUGCAGAUACCUCCUCAUAUCAGCAUUUGUGUUGUAAUUUAGUGAGCAUUGAUUUUCUUCUCCCUUUGCUUGCUCCAUAAUUGUUGAGGUGAAACCAGUUACAACUACCUUGUUCUUUCAUUGCCAUGGUGAAGUUUUAGUUUUGCACUAAAUAAUUGAGUUUUCUAGUUUGCAGAGGGCAUACAUUGUAAGAUGCAUUGUAAUGGAUACAUUAUAAGAGGAAGGGUGACUGCAGGUUAAAACUGAGAAGCCAUUUUCAAAGGCCUAAUCCUGAUGUUGCAUUGGAGAUCAUACCAUGUUUUUGCACUAUCCACUCCCCACAUAUACAUUGGUAAGGUUUGAAAGCAUAUAAAAUUAUGCAGACCAUUAUAAAAGUCCACAUUGUGAUUCCAUGCCUUCAAUAUAACUACAGUGGUACCUUGGGUUAAGAACUUAAUUCAUUCUGGAGGUCUGUUCUUAACCUGAAACUGUUCUUAACUUGAAGCACCACUUUAGCUAAUGGGGCCUCCCGCUGCCACUGCACCGCUGCUGCACGAUUUCUGUUCUCAUCCUGAAGCAAAGUUCUUAACCCGAGGUACUAUUUCUGGGUUAGCGGAGUCUGUAACCUGAAGCGUCUGUAACCCGAGGUACCACUGUAUGCCUGUAGGCCUUGGGAUCUGGUCUGCACCACAAUAUUGGAUCACAUUCUUGGAUAAAUUCUGUGCUGACCCUGACCCUUUUAAGUGUUGAGAAAGGUAGGAAACGCUUCAUGGAGAAUUAUGCUUUAUUCAAACAUUUAAAUCAACAGAAAUCUGAGCUUUUUCUUUUCCUGAAACUUUAGGUAUGGAUAAUUCCUUAUUGAUUUUGUAGGCUGAUAUUUGCAGUGGUGCUCACUUCAGUUGCUUAUUUGUAAAUAGCUGGAGGGAUCAGGAUGACUCUUCAAUGCUAGGUGACCAAAAGCGAAUAAUAUUGUACAUCUCAGUUUGCUGCUUCCAGAGAUACCUUUUUUCAAGCCACCAACAGAGGAAUUGGUCAGGAAAAGAAGUUAUGAGCAGGCAGGGAAUAGCAAAUGACAUAGGGAAGAAAACAGUUGUAAGUGUCAGAUAUGACAGAGUUGGAACAAAGAAGUGCCUCUGAGCAAGUUGUAGUAGUUUGUACCACUUCAACCUUUCUGAGCUGCUUUUUGGUGUGGGUGAGUAUGACUUUUUGAGUGGGUGGGUGUUUCUUUGGUGAAGGCCAGUCUAUUAGACUACUUUUGCAUACUUCUUCAAGCUCGAUAAGGUUAGGGGUGCAAUCAAGAAUCCUAAGAACAUCAGGAGAAGCAAAAUUAACAGUUGCUUUAUCCAUUCCUAUGGAUCUGGGAAGCAGCAUUUCUGUAAGUACAAAUUACCGUAUUUUUCGCACUAUAGGACGCACUUUUUCCCCUCCAAAAAUGAAGGGGAAAUGUGUGUGCGUCCUAUGGUGCGAAUGCAGGCUUUCACUGAAGCCUGGAGAGCGAGAGUGGUCGGUGCGCCCCGCCCCCUCUCGCCUCCAGGCUUCAGGAGAGCCCCAGCGCCAGCCCCACAAGGUCGGGGGACAGAGGAGGCGGAACGCCGCCAUCCCGCUGUCUCCCGAAGUGGUUUGGAGGCUGACGGCGGGGAGACCCCGCCGCCGGCCCGCAAGCCCGGGGACAGCUGGGAGACGCAGCGCGUCUUCCUGCUGCCCCCGGACCUGAUCUGAAGGCGGGCGGCGGGGAGAAGAGCGCUCUCCCGCUGCCUGCCCCGCAAGCUCCGGGACAGCUGGGAGGCGCAGCGCGUCUUCCCGCUGUCCCCGGACCUGAUCUCAAGGCGGGCGGCGGGGAGAAGUGCGGGGCUCCCCGCUGCCUGCCCCCAAGCUCCGGGGACAGCUGGGAGACGCAGCGCGUCUUCCCGCUGUCCCCGGACCUGAUCUCAAGGCGGGCGGCAGGGAGAAGAGCGCUCCCCGCUGCCUGCCCCCAAGCCCGGGGACAGCUGGGAGACGCAGCGCGUCUUCCUGCUGUCCCCGGACCUGAUCUGAAGGCGGGCGGCGGGGAGAAGAGCGCUUCUCCCGCUGCCUGCCCCCAAGCUCCGGGGACAGCUGGGAGACGCAGCGCGUCUUCCCGCUGUCCCCGGACCUGAUCUGAAGGCGGACGGCGGGGAGAAGAGCGCUUCUCCCGCUGCCUGCCCGCAAGCUCCGGGACAGCUGGGAGACGCAGCGCGCCUUCCUGCUGUCCCCGGACCUGAUCUGAAGGCGGGCGGCGGGGAGAAGAGCGCUUCACCGCUGCCAGCCCCGCAAGCUCCGGGACAGCUGGGAGGCGCAGCGCGUCUUCCCGCUGUCCCCGGACUUGAUAUCAGGCGGGCGGCGGGGAGAAGAGCGCUCCCCGCUGCCUGCCCCAAGCUCCGGGGACAGCGGGAGACGCAGCGCGUCUUCCCGCUGUCCCCGGACCUGAUCUGAAGGCGGACUGCGGGGAGAAGAGCGCUCUCCCCGCUGCCUGCCCCAGCUCCGGGACAGCUGGGAGACGCAGCGCGUCUUCCCGCUGUCCCCGGACCUGAUCUGAAGGCGGACUGCGGGGAGAAGCACUCUUCUCCCCGCUGCCGGCCCCACAAGCGCCUGGGGGGGAAAUAAUUUUUUUCCCUUUAUUUCCCCCCCAAAAAACUUGAUGCGUCCUAUGGGCCGGUGCGUCCUAUGGUGCGAAAAAUACGGUAGGCUUGAAUCCAGGGACUAGAGCCCUCUGGGAGGAGAAACUAGAAGUAUAGGUCAAACUGAUGAAUUUUCUGAACAGAAAAUUAUUAUCCCUUGCCAUUGUAUUUUUCUGUAGCGUUUAACUUUUGUUGCAUUUGGUAAGCUUUGGAGGUUUAUACUUUGAUACAAAUCAGCCUUGCAUUUAAGCACUUGCCUGGUAACUACUACAGACAACAAGGAAUUCCAUGCAGGCAGGUCCAUGGAAUUGUAUGCAGGAGAAGGAGUUAGCUGGUGGAGGAGGAAUAGAGCACUGUGUCCAUCCUCUAUGCCCAACAUAGAUACUGUGGGCUGCAAGAGGAAGAAAGCCCCUUCCUCCACACCCUGCACAAAAAUGCAGUGGACUAUUUAUAGCCUAGUAUAGAAGGCCUAUUGGAGAAUUGUACCUUCUCUUUUUUUUAAAAAAAAAAAAAUCAGACUCGGUUGGGGAAAAAUCAUUAUCGAAUGUUAUUCAUUUAGCAGACAGACUUUUUAAAUGCGUUGUGCUUCAUAUUCUAUGCUGGAGAGCGUCCUAGCUUGAAACAUGUAUGGAAUUACUUUCUAUGAAAGGAAUUUUGAUUCUCAUUUACUGAAUUAUUGUUAUUGCUCCUAUUUUACAGCUGUCUUCAAAGCUACCAUCCUUUGUUGAUAACUCCCCAACUAUCCUCUUUCCUUCCUCCAUAGUCUUAAUGGCCUGAUAAUAAUUUAGUGUGCUGGCCCAAUUUUACUUAGGUUUGUGGGCCAGGUAAACAUUGGAACCCGCAUGAUUGGAACCUUACAGGCUGAUGUGUAUUUACUGUGCCCUCUGUUGAGACUGCUAUAGACACUUGAGUUGUCCUUCUCUAAGAUGUUAGUAUUUAAACCAGGGGUCAGCAAACUUUUUCAGCAGGGGGCCGGUCUACUGUCCCUCAGACCUUAUGGGGGGCCAGACUAUAUUUUGAAAGGGAAAAAAAAUGAACGAAUUUCUAUGCCCCACAAAUAACUCAGAGAUGCAUUUUAAAUAAAAGGACACAUUCUACUCAUGUAAAAGCACGCUGAUUCCCGGAUUGUCCGCAGGCCGGAUUUAGAAGGAGAUUGGGCCGUAUCCAGCCCCUGGGCCUUAGUUUGCCUACCCAUCAUUUAAACCCAUGAUUGUAUUCUGUUGUAAAAGUGGACUCCUUGCAACAUUAACACAUAAGGAGGUGCAAAUGUGGCUGUAAGCAGUUGUUGUUUAGUCAUUUAGUCGUGUCCGACUCUUUGUGACCCCAUGGACCAGAGCACGCCAGGCACUUCUGUCUUCCACUGCCUCCCGCAGUUUGGUCAAACUCAUGAUGGUAGCUUCAAGAACACUAUGCAACCAUCUCGUCAUCUGUCGUCCCCUUCUCCUUGCGCCCUCCAUCCUUCCCAACAUCAGGGUCUUUUCCAGGGAGUCUUCUCUUCUCAUGAGGUGGCCAAAGUAUUGGAGCCUCGGCUUCAGAAUCUGUCCUUCCAGUGAGCACUCAGGGCUGAUUUCCUUAAGAAUGGAUAGGUUUGAUCUUCUUGCAGUCCAUGGGACUCUCAAGAGUUUCCUCCAGCACUAGCAUCCAGUUAUUUCUGUAGUAAGAAUUGGCGUGGUAUCUUCAAGAUUGGGACUAGAAAGCCACAUGUAAAUUCAAGUUCUGUAUCUAGCCCUUAGCCACUAGUGAGUAUAACUACUCUAAAAACCGUUUUUAUUGUGUAGGGAAAUGUCAUGAGGGAAUUGUGAUGCCUGUGCACCUACUUGGUUUGCUGAUACAAUAGCAAUCCGAAACCACUGAUUUAAGAACGACAUUGAAAGGGGUCUUUAUUUAAGGCUCUACUGCUUAAAUUUAAGACGUGUUUGAAUGGAGUGCCAUCUGUUGAUUUGCGUCCUAGCGUGAACUUGGCUUGGAGGAAGAGUUCUGAAGUAUUCACUUUCACUUCUGCUGAACUGCUUACCUUUUCCAAACCACGGACUGUAGUUUAACACUCACUAUGGUUAGUUUCAGCCUAGCUGAUUUGAAGCAGGUUUGCUUUGGCACUAACCAUAAAUAGUGUUAAACCAUGAUUCCUAGUUUAGAUGUGUGCUUCCCCUUCCUUCUUCCUGCACGAGCAAGCCCAGGUUCAUUCAGGUGGCAUUAAAUCAUGGGUUAGCAUGUUCACAAGUGGCCAUUGAGUGAAUACUUUGGGAAAUGCCUUUUCGACAGUAACUGUUAUAGUUUUCAAUCUGCUGUGCAGCUUUCCCCACCAGUUCCUAUCACUUGAAAAUCUGGAAGCAAUGCCUUACUCUGAAGUGUAAGAAAAGUUUCCAAACAAAUCUGUACAUCAAACUAUGAGAAGAAAGCGUGGUUGUAAAAUUCUAAUUUAAAUCCACAGGGCUUGA